AUGAGAAACUGUGAGGGUACACUGCGGAUAGUGUAUAAGGAAGGCAGUGGCAGUCUGGCAGAAAACCAGGAAGGUGAGGCAAGAGAGACUGGGGACUCGGGGAUAAACCACGAGCUGGUUGCUUCCCUGUCCCAAGACACCACGUUGAAGGGUAAGGUACGAAUACCUGACACUGACAGUCCGUAUCUCAAGCCUCAAGGUAAGCAAUGGGGCAAGCAUCCAUCCAUCCAUCCAUCUGCAUCUUUGCUCUUGCACCUGCAGCUGUCCACCUGCGCUUUCGGUACCCACUAUCUCCCAUGCACGCAGUUCCUAGCACGCAGCAAGACUCCAUCCGCGGAACGAACGAACAUGGGAACAUGGGAUGGAAGCAGAAACGGAAACAUCACGGAGCGCGCUAAAACAUGCCUUCUCGGCAAUCCACUGCGACCUGAAAUCCACAGGACCAGGGCACCACACGUCCUGUCAACUUUUGCUCGACACUGCCCGGGGAGGGGCUCGAGAGCCCGUCUGCGCAUGGCGGCCAUGGCCUUGCUUGCCCGUGAGAGGCCCGGCGACUAUCCAGAGCCCACACAAACUGCCCGCCUCGACUGUUCGUACAUACGCACUACCUAUGGCACACUGCCACCUCCGUUGCGGCGUUGCGGCGUCGCGGCGUCGCGGCGUCGCCCCCUCUCUCCCCUUAGCCCUGGAGACACAUGGGAAGAGAGGAACCUCACCACAUGGGACGGGUGGGACAAGACUGGAGAGUCCCACCUAGGUAUGCAGGAGCUGUGUUCGUGCGCGCUGCACCCAACUGGAGUCUUGCUCUGGCUAAACGGCAGACAAACCCUGACUCAGCUACAUUGGGACAGAGACCCGUUCCCAUGCUGA